AUGCCGUUUUCUAGGUCUCCAUUCAGUGGCUUUCCAUUUGACAGAUCCUCCAAUAGGGAUGAGAAUCUGCGGUCAACCCUUGAUGAUAUAGCCAAGCGUCAUCCAGAACUCGCCGAACAUCUUGACACCUUCACUCAUCGCGCCUCCGGUCCCAGAGCGCAGCGGCUAGCCGACGAGCCGGACUUUGAUGAUCGAUUCGAGAGGCCUUUCAGAGAACCGUUCAGCGGCGGCUUCCCUUUCGCCGACAGAGAUCGGAUCGAUCCCGAGGAGUUUACGCAGAGGUUUCGCAGGCCACGGCGAGAUUCUAACGAGUCGCAAGGUACGUCUCGAAAGGAACACCACCCUCCCGCCCCAGAAGAUACCGCCGUCCCCACAGCGGCGUCCAAUCGCACGGAUAGCGGCAACACUGCCGGCCAAUCAGAGAACGCGUCGCCUAGAUCGACGACAAUCCAUCAGAGCAACACGAUAGAUCUCGGCCAGAAGCAGGAGGCGGUCGAUGAUAGGGGUCAAAGGUCGAUGUCUGCCCCGCCUGCAGACAAAGGUCAAAGGUACACGUCGAGCAUAAACAUCCCCGUGAACCAGCCGCAGCCCCCCGUUUCGGCCGCCAUGGCCGACCAUCCUCAGACGGACGGGAGGCCCGUGGAGCGCAUCAUCCCCAUCCGCAUCGAAGGCAGAGACGAGCCCGUCAUGCCCCGGAAGGUUUCUUCUUCUUCUUCGUCCGGUUCGGCGGGUUCUUCUGCUGGGUUUUCGCACUCGCCGAGAGGCGAAAGGAUUUUCGGCCAUAGGCCGGAGCAGUUCACGCAGUUCCUCAACCGCGACAACUGGAGCGGUUUUCCGUCCGAAGAGCCUGUCAGAAAGCAGGCGGCUCCUGCGCAGGCGCAGAGAACACAAAGUCCCGCCAGGGACAAUUUGCAUAGGGACGAUCGAACGGAUCAGCCGAGAACUUCUGCAGGUCCCCAACCGGAAGACCGGUCGAAACCGGCUCCGGCGCCCCCGGAAAACAAAUCGCUGGCCGCCAUCGAGCAGAUCCAGAUGAUCCAAAAAGACGUGUCUGCGCUUAUGGAGCAGGCGCAGAAAUUCGACGGCAAGCCGCGCGACAAGCAGUAUCUGUAUUUGGACGAGAUGCUGACCAGGAAUUUGAUCAAGUUGGAUAACAUUGAUACUCAGGGUCAAGAUAUUAUUCGGUCAUCGAGAAAAGAAGCCAUAAAAUGCAUAGAAAAAGCCAUCGGCAUCUUGGAAACCAAGGCGGCUUUGAACCAAGAGGAAAUGGAAGGGGUGCAAAAAAUGCAAGGCACCCCUUCAGAGUCUACCGAGCCGAAAAAAGAAACUUCAGAAACUUCCGAAAACUCCGAGGAAAAUAGGAAAGCGGAGCCUUCCAGUGAUCAGACGGAAAUGGAGGUGGAAACUAAAGGAGAAAGUGAAGAAAAACCGCCGGAAAAUAUCACCACUGAUUUCGUGUUGGUGGAAAAGGACAAGGAAAAACCGGCAGACGAGGACAGCAAAAGGUUUGAGUUGGUCGAUGAGGCGCAAAAAGUAGUUGAAAGUGAGAGUAAUGAUAGGAAAACCGAAGAGAAAACAGAUAAUUGAGGCUAGGUUCGGAAUAAGCUGCUCAACACUUGAUAAUGUGAAAUCGGAACAAUUUCGUUUCAAUUAUUGUUUUGAUUUCUGCAGAUUUUUUUUUUUUCGUUUCAGUUUAAUUGAGAAAAAAGGAAACUUUCUGUUUAUGAUAAGGAUACAUGAAUACAUAUAAAAAAAUAAUAAUAAAGGGUUCACUAAUGAAUUCCACUCAGUGGAAACAAAUUAAUAUUGUUUCUUAAGAUUAAAGUUAUAUUUCAUUUCUGAGU